AUUUCAUAAGAGAUUUAAUUAUCUAAUUCCGUUUCAUUAACCAUUCCGGAUGUCAAAGGUUCUAAAAUUUAGUUGUUGUGUCUCAGCCAUGGCGAUUUCUUCAAAUAUUUUUUUUCCCUUUUAAGAGUGUUGCAUAUUAUAAAAGCAACUUCGGUGUUUUGUUAGCAUUAGCUAGCUGGCUGUGUGAUAAUCAAUCUAACUUUCUGUCUUUGCUAACGGCUAAGGGUUAGCGAGUAGAGCCAAGCAAGGGAGAUAAGUUAGUUUAUUUUUUGCCUCGUUUGCAUUAUUUCUCCUUCUAGAAAUGGCGUCGGUGACGGCGACAGAACCAGCGAUAUGCCCGACUUCGAUACCGGCAGCAGAGUCCAUAGUGCCCGCUUGCAUGUUUGCACCUGACCGGGGAUGUGUCGACGAUCCGUCGGGCGGAGAGAUCUUUGAGGACGCCGAGGGUACAAACGGCGAGUCCGCGGAUCAUUUAGACUUGAGCAGUAAGCUGGUCCUAGUGAGUCCAACGGGGGAACAGUAUGAUUCAUUACUACGACAUUUGAGGGAGCGAAUAGACGAGGGCUGUGGAGAGUCAAUCUAUGUGGUCGGAAUGGGUUCAGAUGGAGGUGACUAUGGUCUGGAUGAGAAGGACAUGGAGGCGUCAGUAGCCACGGUACGGUCGCUGUGUGAACAGAUUGAGGCUGACCUAAUCCUGCUAAGGGAGAGGACAGACACUGGCGGAAAGAUUCGGGACUACCUCAUCCGACGGCGUGUUGGCGAGCAGGAUUUCCUGGAAGUUAGAGUGGCGGUUGUAGGGAAUGUGGAUGCUGGGAAGAGCACGCUGUUGGGGGUUUUGACCCACGGCGAGCUGGACAAUGGCAGAGGCUUUGCUCGCCAGAAGCUCUUCAGACACAAACACGAAAUGGAGAGUGGCAGGACCAGCAGUGUGGGCAAUGAUAUUUUGGGCUUUGAUCAGGAGGGACAGGUGGUGAACAAGCCAGACAGCCACGGCGGCGGCUUAGACUGGACCAAGAUCUGUGAGAAAUCCUCGAAGGUCAUCACCUUCAUUGACCUGGCUGGCCAUGAAAAGUACCUCAAGACCACUGUCUUUGGCAUGACUGGACACCUGCCUGAUUUCUGCAUGCUCAUGGUUGGCAGUAACGCUGGCAUCGUUGGCAUGACCAAAGAGCAUCUGGGUCUAGCACUGGCCCUAAAUGUACCAGUGUUUGUAGUGGUUACUAAGAUAGACAUGUGUCCGGCCAACAUCCUGCAAGAGACACUAAAAUUAUUACAGAGGUUAUUAAAGUCACCGGGCUGCAGGAAAAUCCCAGUGUUGGUCCAGAACAAGGAUGAUGUAAUCGUCACAGCCUCCAACUUUAGCUCAGAGAGGAUGUGUCCAAUUUUCCAGAUCUCAAAUGUGACGGGGGAAAACAUGGACCUGUUGAAGAUGUUCUUGAACCUCCUGUCUUCUAGGACCACAUUUAGCAAUGAUGAGCCAGCGGAGUUCCAAAUAGAUGACACAUACUCAGUACCGGGUGUGGGCACAGUAGUUUCAGGGACUACGUUACGUGGAUUGAUACGGCUCAACGACACGCUGCUCUUAGGCCCGGACCCGCUUGGCACCUUCAUCCCUAUCGCUGUUAAAUCCAUCCACCGUAAAAGGAUGCCUGUUAGAGAGGUACGCGGUGGACAGACGGCAUCUUUUGCCCUCAAAAAGAUCAAACGUUCAUCUAUUAGGAAAGGAAUGGUGAUGGUCUCCCCAAAGUUGAUGCCACAGGCCACCUGGGAGUUUGAGGCUGAGAUUUUGGUGCUACACCACCCAACUACGAUAUCCCCCAGAUACCAGGCCAUGGUCCACUGUGGCAGCAUCAGACAGACAGCCACCAUCCUCACAAUGAACAAAGACUGUCUUAGGACGGGGGACAAAGCCACAGUUCACUUCCGAUUCAUUAAGACCCCCGAGUACCUGCACUGUGACCAGAAGCUGGUGUUCAGGGAAGGACGCACCAAAGCUGUGGGCACCAUUACCAAGCUUCUCCACUCAGUGAACACCCAGGCAGCUAAGGCUCAGCAGUCCAAGACACAAGCCAAUAAGAAGACUUCUAAAGAGGGCACAGCGGCCAAUGAGGAGGCCGGGUCAACAGCACGGCCGCCUAGUCCUAACGCAGCACAGCUACCACUGGCUCACUGGGGUGUUCCUGUCUGUCUGCAGCUCAAGUCAGGAGGCGGAGGACGCAGGAGAGGUGGUCAGAGACAUCGAGGGAAAGGCCUGAACGCCGCAACAAUCUCUACAGCGGUGCCUGCAGGAGCGGCAGGCACAGCGUAAAAGCACAACCUCUCGUUUCUCCUCAACCUAUGUCAUCUCUGUACAGGGAGGAAAAGUGACUGCAUGGCUCUCUGGUGGUUGUUUAAGAGACCGACUGCACAUGUUUUUUCGAUAUAAAAUGAUUAUUAGGCAAAUUUGAAUCAUAAAAAGAGUGAAUUAUUUUCCACAUGAGGUCAAUUUAAAGCUUUAUUGAUGUAUUUACUUGUGGACUGCAGAAGAUGGUAUUAGGUUUUUUUUUGUUUGUUUUUUUUAAGUUUGAAUUUUAUUGCAGUUAACUGCAAUUAGUAGGUUACAUUAUAUGACAUUUUCUUUUGUAAUACAAAAGUUUUUGGGGUGUUCAUCUUGUCUGUGGUUCAUCGGAACUUCUUUUACAGCAUUAACUGUUUUUCCCAGCCAGGAGAGGCAUCAGUCACUUUCCCUGCCGUAACAUUUUCCAACCUUCAAGCUACUUUUUUUAAUCUCUUAUCCUCUCUUCUUCAUUCUGCAGCCUCUUGUGUUCAGCUCACCCUAACUUUCAUUAAUGCACCUUUUCCAGACGGCAUUUUCAGUCAUUGGAGGAGGUGGAUUGUGUUCACUAACUGAAAAAUUGUAUUUUUCUUUUUAAAAAGCUCCUUGUCACUGAGAUUGGGCAGUUUGAAUUCACCUUGAGAACUGACUGAAAUGAAAGGGAAUUGAUGCCAAACUUAACUUGAGGUGAAAAAGUGUCUCACGCCAGCUAAAAGAUGAACCGGAUGUAGCUGAUAUGUUACUUUACCGCACCACCGUUCCCGGUAGUAGCUAAAGUUGUUCUCUGGAAAUCCACUGCGAAAGAUUUCUUUUUUUGAAUGGAAAUGGCAUUGGGUGAAUUUUGUGGCCAGUUAACAACACAAAGUUCUUUUCUUGCUCUGGGUACUGUAGCCACUAACGCACUGUUUACCAGUCAUCACCUGUCAUGAAACAUCUUCUCGUGGACAAAGACAAAAACAAUCUCUCAUCCAUUUUGAUAAUCCUGCAAUGGAGAGGCAAUUUUAUAAAUUUUAUAAUAAACCCUUUUUUUUCUAAGAGCCCCUUGGUCAAGUUGUACCAGAUCCAUGCAGGUCUCAGGCUGCCAAAAGAGAAAAGUUCUGAAUUAUCCUUCCUUUUGUCUCAAGUAAAGUCUAAUGUCAAAGUGGCUUUGUCAUGUGUUAACUUGGGGCAGGUCCUUGUGAAAUCACCUUAUUAGUUGGCUGGGAAAUUAGGAAACACCUAGCUAAAACCAAUGAAGUCCUAAUAGUACAGUGCGGCAAAAAAUCCAACCAUCAUGAAGUUUAUAAUGUGCGGUUUUUAAAAUACAGUUUUAGAGAGGUGUUGAUUCAACUGCAUGAUCAUUUUGGAGGCUGCAGUUUGAAAUGCUGUCGAAUUGUAUUAUACCGACAGGUGUUUCUAUUAUUUUGUCCACCCCAUUUCUAUCAAUGAGGGUAGGCAAAAUAAGAGAAACACCUCUCCGUACAAUGCAGUGCAGUUCAACAGCAUUUCAAAUUACAGCCUCGAAAAUGAUGAUGUUUGAUUUAACGCCUCCCUCAAAGCGGUUUCAACACAACCUGAACAUUCUAACCUUCAUGAAGGGAGGUUUUAUUGCAGGACUGUUGUAUUAGACUGCAUUCGUUUUAGCUAGGUGUACCUAAUAAACUGGCAACUGGGUGUAUCUUAAAACCAGACAGGCGUAAGCACAACUUUCUUCCAUUUUGAUGCGGUCUGACCUCCGAAAAUCCAGAAGCUGAUGCUCUCGUGCAAAAAAAAAAAAA